AUGGAUCCUCAAAGAAAAGCAAGGGCUGGCCCAAUGGCACCAUCCAGUAUAAAAACAGCACGUAAGAGCUUUGCUAUUUGCAAUACAUAUGUUAAAAAUUUAAAUUCUCCGAAAGAAAUUGUAACAGUCCACACCAGCACCCCGCACACUGAACAUCGCCCUUUUCACAAUGAACAAAAUCAGAUAUAUCAAGGCGAAGUUAACGUACUUUCAAUAAUUGACACUAACAAGGAUAUUAUGUGUUGUAAGUAUACUGAAGACGUAAAAGAAGUAGCAGCUGGUUUUAUCGAUGGAACAAUAAGACUGUUUGAUUGUAACACCGGAAAUUGUACCCAUUCUUUAAUAGAUGACGAGUGUCGUGUAUACCCCGGUUCUGUAACUGCCAUUAAACAUAGACCAGUUAGCAAAGCACAUCCUAUUACGAAUAUGCUUCUAUCGUCGUGUAUGUAUGCUUGCAAAUAAAUAUUUAAAAGAUUUCAUUAAAACAUAAACAUAACUAUUUUUUUAGACGUCAAUGGGUGUAUAAAAUGUUGGAAAUAUAAGUACGAACAAUGUUUGUAUACAAUAAGAGAGAAACGACAAACUUUAGGUCUAUGUUACCAUCCUCGUUAUACGAAAUUUAUUACUUUUGGUGAUGAUGCUAAGCUUAAUAUGUAUGAUGAAGAAGCACAAACACAAGAAAGAUCUUUUUAUUCUAGCCAACGAAAAAACAUCGUUGACGGACAUAUCUCACGAAUAUUUGCUUGCGUUUUUAAUCCUAAAUCACACCACGAAUUAAUCUCAGGUGGUUGGGAUGACACUGUAAUCUGUUGGGAUGACAGGCAACCCUACGCAACGCGUUUUUUUAACGGCGUUCAUAUGUGCGGGGAAGGGCUGGACUUUGACAAACCCGGAAAACAGAUUUUGACUUGUUCUUGGCAAGAAAAAGAUAAUAUUCAAAUUUGGGACUAUGGAUCUUGCAAACUUAUUGAAACUAUUGUACCGGAUAAUUACCCGUCUAAAUUGUACUGUGGCAAAUUUGUACCACAAAGUAAUUUAAUUGUAUGCGGUGGUUAUGAACCCAAUAUAUUACGAGUCGUAGAUAUUAACAUGAAAAUCACAGAAUGCUCAAUUCGCAAUAAUCCAGGCAGCAUAUAUUGCUUUGACUUUGGAACUAUACGACGAAAACCAAGUAAAAUACCAGAUACUUAUAAAAAAAUAAGUGAAAUACAAAACACGCCGCGCAUUGCUUUUGUAACUGGAAAGAGGCUGCAAACAGUAGAUUUUGGUUGAAUUAGUACAUUUUGUGUUUAAAUUAAAGUAACAUACAAAAAGAACACAAUAAAAAGAUAUUUAAAAGUUGUA